AUGGCUGCAAAGCGAAAGAACGAGCUAAGUGAUGAGAGUGAUGACGAUGAUGACAGAACAAAAAAGCAUUAUCGAUCUAAGACAAGGAUAACAAGCAAAACGAGAAAGCUAAAGUUAGAAGACGAUACAGAUGAUGACGACGACGAUGAUAACGAUAAUGAUGAUGAUGAUGGUGACAGCGAUGAUAAUGAUGAAAGUGUUCAAAAAAUAAAAAACAGGCCCAAAACGACAAUACCAUGA